GAGGCUUGAUACUCAACUAAGCAGAUUGCUAUGUCUAUGGCCAUGAGAAUAACUCACCCUUAUAUCACUGACAACGGACUGUUGGCUCACUCUAUGAAUGAUAAAGCCACUCUUCUAUCAAGCAUCACGACAUCAGGAACUAACAGGGUUACUAUAGAAACGCUCGGUUUAGAGGACACAAAAGCCCAACAAGUCCGACUCAGCAAAGCCCUCAGAACUCUUUGCCUUCCAUACACUCACUCGAGACAUCACCGGGAUAUUCAUCUUCAACUCUUUCAGCGAAACUUCCACCCAUCCAGAACUCGUCUUCUCUCGCUGAAAGUAUCGGCAUGGAUCCAAACAAUGGUUCAAUUCCCUCUGCGGAGGAAGUCCUUGCUUCAUAUCAUCUACCCCAAGUGAAGCCGCAAUGGCUAAACUGCAAUUAUGGCAAACACAUUGUCAAGGGAAACUUCCUUACCCUUAGUGCUAAGCCUAAGACGGUGGAAAUGGGAGAGUGGAUAGCACAUCAAGUCGUGGACCACUGGCGAAUGCUCAUUACUUUCAUCAAACUCGUUCAUGACCGGGAAGAAGAUGGCAGCUCGAUUUGCAACUCUCGGAAAUGUCCCAAGAUGUCCGCGGGAGCCUCCCACUCCUUCACCUGGCUAAACUCGCGGCUUCAACCCGUGGAAAUCCCAGCAUACGAAUACCUCAGCCUCGUCCAGCGCUACAUCAGCGGCAAGAUCGACGACGGCAACCUGUUCCCCACCGACCCUGCGGGCGUCUCCUUCGCCGACAACCCGACCUUCUGCACUCCCUUGCCCGAGUCCGGCCCGGACUGGAUCGGCAAGCGGAGCGGCUUCCCGCAGAACUUCAUGGAGACGUGCCAGACCAUCUUCCGGCAAAUGUUCCGCGUCUACGCGCACCUGUACUGGUCGCAUUUUGACGACAUGUUCUGCCUCAACCUGGAGAAGUCCAUGAACAGCUGCUUCAGCCACUUCAUCCUGACGGCCACCACGCUCGGCCUGUUGAAGAAGACGGAUCUGGAGCCGAUGCAGCCGCUUAUCGAUCUUUGGGCCGCUUUGGGCACUUUCCCCCAGGGAUGCAAGGCGUAUGAGAUUGCUAAUAUCUCGGUUGGAAACCUUCUUAUCCAGAAGGCGGGUGGCCCACCCUCGAGCUAGUCGUGGCUAGUUGGUUUUCUUGGCCUGGUUGUCUGGUUGGAGAUGGACUGCUACUCGGCUAUCGUAUGUGUCCAGGAAUUUGGUAUAUAUAUAGUAGGUGUGAAUAAGAUGCCAUAUGGUGCGUAUUUAUGAAUAGCGCUUUAGCGAAGCUGCGGCUGUUUUUCCAUAUAAGUCGUGACCAUUGGGUUUGGUUGAGUGAUGCGGAAGAGAGGAACGAUAUCGAUGCUUUGUGUUAGACUUCAACCACGUAUACCAUAUGGGUUUCUGUCCUUCUUUUCAUAUAUCUAUAAGAGC